UGUGCAUCGCUGCUGUGUUGCCGCGCCGUCCCAAUCACUUCCGCGGUAUUACGUUACAGACUCGAAAUAAUUUUUGUUUUUUGAACGUAAGCGAAAAAAAAAUUAACAUAUUUUCGUUGUAAAAAAAAAAAAAAAAAAAUAGUAAAAAAAAAAAAAAACCACCGCACCGCAAUUAUUUAUUAUUAUCGUUAUUAAUUUUUUUUUUUACGCGUACACGAGUCAUACGGUCACUCGCGGGGCUAAGGGGGGACCCGUACGAUCCGCGGCCGCCGUCGGCUACACGAUGGUACGUAUGUGGUGCGGUACGUGCGGUGACGGCGUAUGAUAACCGCGCCCGGUGAGGUAUCGACGACGCGUGCCAACGUCAACGAUGGUGGUCGGCGGUCAUGUGCGCUGCAAAUGAGCCAUGCUGUCGUCGUACGUGCGGCUGGGUGUCCUGCUGUUGUGCGUCACGACCGCGCCGCCGGCCGGCCGAGCUGUUACGUCGUCCAACGUGCACAACAAACGAGAAGCUGACUACACGCUGGACGACUCGUACUGGAACGAAGAGAGCCCCGUCGGAGAAGUGGAGAGGCUCCUGCGGGACUAUCGGCAGAACCAAGAGCUGGUGCGGAACAUCGGAGCCAAUUACUAUCAGAUCAUCUACCCAGUGCAAAUCAGACAUCAUGACAAAAUGGGCAUCUCUACCCGAGAGGUAGGGUCGCAGAAGUUUCCCAACAUGGGACCGCACGGAUCCAAUGACGGAUACUCUUCCGGUGGAUCUUUCCGGUCAAAAUCUCGGAUGGGGAAACAUUUUCACAGAACUUCAAUACUAAUAAAAGCGUUCAACCAUAAAUUUCGUCUCGACCUGGAGCUCAACACUCAAUUACUAGCACCGAAUUUAGUACAGAAACAUUUUUUACCUCACGGAGCUGAACAGGUGUCCAAACAAGAAAUUGAACAUUGCUAUUAUCACGGUACAGUGAAGGACAUACCGGGUGCCACGGCUGCGUUCCACACGUGCAACGGUGUCGCCGGAGUGAUACACAUAGGCAAUGAGACGUUCAUUAUACAUCCGUUCUACGGUGGAGACUUGUCGCAGAAACAUCCUCAUGUGAUAUUCGAGGCCAGGGACAAGGCGAAACGCGGAUGUGCCAAUGAGUCGAAACUCGACCGGAAGAGCAAAUACGUCAACGGAUUCAUGGGCGGCAGGUUCCGGAAAAAGAGGCGGCUGAAACGAGACGUCCGGGAAGUGACCAAGUACAUAGAAACCGCUCUGGUUUUGGACAAAGCCAUGUUCGAAAUGAGAAACGGCAGUACCAGAUCAGAAGUGAUCACCGAUGCCAUCCAAAUAGCCAACAUAGCCGAUUUGUAUUUUCGAACGAUAAACACCCGAGUGUCGGUGGUGUAUAUCGAAACGUGGCAAGGAGCCAACCAGACGCCCAUUGACAAAAACCAAGAAAUCAGCGCCGCACUGCUCAAUUUCAACGAAUAUUCAACGCGAGGGCUGUUUAACAUUGGCAAAGACACGGCUCAAUUGCUCUCGGGCGAAUACUUUGUUGGCGGCGAAACCGGCAUGGCCAUACACGGUACGGUUUGCACCGCGAGAUCCGUGGGUAUCAGCGUGGACGUGAACGCGUACGAGCCGCACAUCAUAGCCGGUUCGAUGGCUCACAUGAUCGGACACAACGUGGGAAUGGGCCACGACGACAAAAGAGAGGAAUGUGUCUGUCGGGAUUGGCACGGGUGUAUUAUGCAACAGUCCAUCGUGGGCAUGGAGAACAUACAACCGUACAAAUUCAGCGAAUGCAGCCUUAACGACUAUAUAAACGAAUUCCGGGACACGAGAAACAUGUGCUUGCUCAAUAAACCCAACGAGGUCGCCAAUCUGCAACAGAAAUGUGGCAACAACAUAGUAGAGGAGAACGAGGAAUGCGAUUGCGGAGGGUUCGACAACUGCCAGAAGAACGACCCCUGUUGCGAUCCGAUCACGUGCAAGUUAAUCAAAGAAGCCGAGUGUUCGGCGACCGGCACGUGUUGCAAAGACUGCAAGCUCUUGUCCAGCGGCACCCUGUGCAGAUCGUCCAGCAGCGAGUGCGAUCUGCCCGAGUUCUGCGCCGGCGACAACGGGGAGUGUCCGGCCGACGUGUACAAAAAGAACGGCAGCCCUUGCGGUAUGGACGGCGGAUUCUGUUACAUGGGCGAAUGCCCCACGCUCAACAGUCAGUGCGAACAAAUCUGGGGAUACGGCGGAGUGUCGUCGGACAAACAGUGUUAUGACGAGUUCAACACCAAAGGAUCGAUGAGCGGUCAUUGCGGUAUGGUGGUCGAUGAAACGGGCGCCACGUCGUACCUGAAAUGCGACAUUAAGAACGUGUACUGCGGAUCACUUCAGUGCCAAAAGGGUAACAAGUAUCCCGAGAGCGGUCUCACCCAAAGACACACCAAAACGGUGAUUUCCAUACACACGAUGGAUUACGAGUGCAAAUCAACGAGUGGGUCCAAGAAAUUUAGUUUAGUUCAAGACGGGACCCCGUGUGGUGAAAACAUGAUUUGCAUCAAUCAAACGUGUACUAAUAUGAAUCCGUUCGUGGAACAUGGCAAAUGCCCUAGUAAUCAUAACAGUUUAGAAUGUUCCUCGCACGGGAUUUGCUCAAACUUAAACCAGUGUUUCUGUGAUAACGGCUGGACGGGAAUGGACUGUUCUAUCCAGUUAGAAAUUUCGCCCACUUCGUCCCACCCGACCGGUGAAGUGACGCUGUCGCCAGAGGAUGCGAAAAAGGCCAAAAGUGACCUGGAAAAGAAAAUGAUAAUGAAAGAAACCCCAUACGUAAACGCUCACAGCACCAACACGGGUGUAUUGGUCAUGAUACUCAUGACCGCGGUCGGAGUGGUGUUUCUGAUUUUCACAUGUUCUGCUUUGUGCUAUCGUCACGUGGUUGUAUACAAAAAGAACCCGUGUUUUUGCUUCAGAAGGGGUAGUGAAAAGCAAGGAACAGACAAACAGAAGCCGUCGACCAGCACAACACCUUUAUCGAAGCCGUCGAGAUUCGACGCACCUUCCGAAGAUUCGGUCGAAGAAAUGGCAAUGGUUAACAUGAAUAGAAUGCCAAAAUACGGAAACCAGUCCCCUUACAGCCGUUCGGAAACCGGCUCCCAUAAAAUGCUCUUCCAUUCAAAUAAUCACUUAUCACCGAGCACUUCUGGUAUUUCAAUGGACCACAAGCCUCACAAUUUGUCCAGGCUAGGUUUGUGUACCGACGACGAUGAUAUGAAUAUUCCAGAUAAUCAUCAUAUGGACGGCCGUGGAAGUAGCUGCGGAUUACAACCGGGAUGUGUGAACAUAUCCGAAGUAGAAAGAAAGAUAAAAUCGUUAGAUGGGUACACCGGAGACUUGUUGGAGAAACUUAUGACUGCCGCGCACAGUCAGAAGUCUUCUUCGGGUGCUAGGUCGAGUAGCGAAGAGUUGUUAUGGCGUACGUUGGCCGAAUCUACCUACAACGGUCGUGUGGCUGCCAGCCAAGAAAGACUUUGCGAAGACCGACACGGUCUACCGCAGAGCAAUACCGUACUGUCUGAAUCUGGAGCACCCACGUGUCAUAGACAUCCCCAUCGACGGCCCAGCAGGCGUUCGGAUAUCGGCCUGGAAGACGACGACGGGACGAACAAGGAACCGCCGAUCCGCAUACGAAAUCUCGAAGACCUGUUCAAACGAAUCGAAGAAUACACGGUUAGACACAAUAGUCCUACCGGGUCAGACGACAACCGGACGUCGGAGCCAGAAGUGGAUAGGCAUUUCAGGCACGAUUCGCACGCCGGUUGCGAAGAACCGAGAUUCGUGAGAGGCUGGUACAGGCCAGCAAGCAGGGCGACCAGCGGUUCGGCUUCCCCUUACCUACAGUCGGCCGCCCGGGCGUCGACGACGGCCGCCGUCCACGCGACAACAGCUCAUCGUCCAAUAGCGCGGUCGGCUAGCUUAGACACACCGGCGGCGGCCACAGCAAACGGCGGCGUCCAAAAGUCGGUGCCAGUGGCGAAAGCGGCGACCAGGGCGUGCAACAGCGCCAGGAGCAGCCGCCGGACGCACUGCGGCCAACCGUCGCCCCAGCGUCACCGCCGGAGCAGCGCCACCGACAGCAGCAGCAACGACGCCACCGCCACCGGUAUCACCGCCAUCGCCGUCAACGGACGGCCUGCACUGCUCAACAACAAAUUUCCCGAGUACAAACACUAACAGCAUAAAACCUCCUAGUCGUCGAUUCCUAGCUCCUCGUUCUCCGUCGCCAUAGUGCCAUCGCCACUUAAAAUUAUGUUUCAUUAUAAUACUAUUGUUCUACUACCUACAGUGUACUAUUAUUAUGUAUGUACUAUUUAACUGAUUUGUCCUAAUAUUGUGCCCGAGGCAACGUUGUGUUUUUCGAUUUUUAUAAAAAAUAAAAAAUGUUUAAAAAAAAAUAUAUCGUCCCGUUACUAAAUCGCGUGCUAUCAAUAUUUAACAACGUUCUCGUUGUAACGUUUCUAAAAAAAAGAAUAUGUUAUGUAAAACAAUGCACCAUGCCCAGACUUAAAUAUUUUACAUUGCCAAAUGAUCGCAAGAGGUAGCAGUGGCGUAUCUAGUUUUAUAACUAUUUCAAUGGGUCUUAAAACAACUUACGCAUCCCUGGUUACGCCACUAAGCCAAACUGCCUUUGUCGAAGUAGAAUUAUUUCAAUUUACUUUUUUAAGGCCGUUACAAUACGCGUUCGCCUAAGUAGUACUUCCAAGCUUAGGCGCCGACGACAGAAAGAAGAUAUGAGAACGUCAUAGUUUCACCGAAUUUUCUAAAACACAUUUUUUUCACGCUAAAACUUUCUUAAAUCUUGUUCUGUAAUUUUUAAAGGUUUUACAGGCGUUUUUUUUUCUAUUUCCAAAAUACUAUGUCUAUAGCUACGAAAAGCGAAAACUGGCACGAACAAUAAAAUAAUUUGAUUAACGUAACAAUUAGUGUAAUUGAAUUGAUACAAUUAAUUCGUUUUAGAUCGGUCGACCGCAAUUAUUGUACCCGUCCAACGGAAUUUCUAACUUGUUUAGUCUGUAGGUCUUAUAUACUGUCCGUUAAAUAUUCAUCUGAUUAUAUUAUAUGUUAUUAACGCAAUACCCUCGACCUCCAACCUUUCACCCGCAUUUCCGCACAAUUAUUUGUCUCUCGGGUCUACAAUUAUUAUUAUUCUACUCGUUCAAUAUAAUAUGUUUACGUCGGUUUCAGUAUAUUGCCAUUUUUUGAGCGAAACCACAACGAAACCUUUUCAAUAUUUCGGAUCUCAGCUCUCUAGACGAGCAACAUGACAACAACAAAGUUAUAAUAGUUUAAAAUAUACAAUAAUAAAUAAUUAAUAACAAUAACAAUACUACUAAUAAUAAUAAUAACAACAAUAAUAGUAAAUAACAUUUUAUUGCGACUAUUGAUAUAAUAUAAGGUAUUACUGUACAUUUAAAUAAUAUGAUAUACAUUAAAAAAUAAUGUUAUACGUCUUUGUGCUGCAAUAAGUAUACAAUUCAUCGUUGUUAUAAUAUUAUAAUAGUAAUUUUCGUUUUCGUGUACA